AUGCCUAAAGAAAAAGGUACACAAACGACGACUUCUUCAUCAGCUGGCUCUUUCCUCCGCGCUUUUCUUUUUGCGAUCAUUUUAGCCUCAUUCGCGCAACAGGUCGUUUUCGUCAUCUUUCAGAGACGCGAGAGUAGUAGUACUACUCGCCCCCGUUUGAAAACGAAACAGAGCAGAAGAGAUAUAAAAAUGCAGAUUCUUCAACCGCGAACGAGUAAAGUCACGCAAAAUGAAGUCAUCGUUGGACUCUCUUCUUUGGCUGGAUUAUACGCGAAAAUGGAAGAGAAACACGCAAUCGAUGUCGUGCAUUGCGCGUUGGACCUUGGGUUUCGAAAUUUCGAUACCGCGCCGCAUUACGGGUUAGGUUUGUCCGAAGAACGAUUCGGGAAAGCGUUGAAGAGUUAUCCAAAAAUGACGGAGGACUUACGAGAGGAGAUUAAAAUUUGGACCAAAGUCGGGAGAGUGAUUAAAGAUAAAAACGACGUGUUAAAAACGGACAGAGUGGAAGAAGGGAACGUGUUGGGGCACCCGGAUUGCGUGUUUCCGGAGAACAAUCCGGAGAGUCGACCGACGCUGAAUUAUACCGGUGACGGCGUCGCGCAAAGUUUAACCGAUUCGCUGGAAAGAAUCGGCGUGAAGCACAUUUUUGGCAUUCGAGUGCACGAUUGUGAAGAUGAAAUGCGAUUCGAAGAAGCUGCGAAUAAAGAUACGGGUGCUUUUGUGAGGAUUAAGCGAAUGCGGGACGAGGAGAAAGUCGUCGAGGAUGUGUCGUUAGGUGGAAACGAUCCGAUGUAUUCGUUGCGAGCGAUUCGCGAGAGCGCCGAGAACACCUUCGACGGGGUCAUGGCAGCUGGGAGUUGGAAUUUAAUCGAUCAAGAUGGGUGCGAGUUGUAUAAAGAGUGCGAAAAACGAGGCAUGUAUAUUCACAACGCUGGUAUUUACGCCAGUGGGUUGUUAGUCGGUGGAUCUACGUAUAAAUACGGACCGGCGAAUGAGAAUGUCAUCGCGAAGAAGAAAGCGUGGGAGCAGUUGUGCGAAGAGUUUGGAAACGUAUCGUUACCAGCCGUCGCCAUGGCGUUUUCGGCUGCACCAAACGUCGUGAAGAAAUUUGCAGUUGGCGUGAAAUCUAGAUUUGAAGUAGAAAAGACCUUAGAGUGGUUGAAUGAAAUCGAUAACAUCGAUCCAAAGAUUUGGGAAGAAGCCAAAUUAAGAGGCUUGUUAUCGAGCGAUUGUACCGUGCCGAACGUUUUCUGA